AAUCCCAUCUGCAUUCAGGUUUCUUCUUCAAAGUCUCCGUAAUUGCUGACAAUUUUCUUCUGAAAAUCCAAGAAACUUCGUGCAAACCCUAGUUUUACCUAGAUUUCUCAACCCUCUACCUUUGAAUACCCUUUCACCAUCUGGUUCUGUUGAGGUGAAGACACCCCAAUUCAUUCGUCGAAAAGUCUCAAUACCUAGAAAUUACCAUAGAUUCAGCUUUUGCUUCAACUAGUAAAACUCCGAAGAACAAUUCUUUAUUUGAUUUGUGAUAUAUCUUCUUCAAUUAUUGUUCAUUUGAUUCAAAUUUGGUUUCGAAAUGGACGACGUGAAGGAUAAGGUGAAGGGGUUCAUGAAGAAAGUCAACAAUCCGUUCACAUCUUCUUCUUCUUCUUCCGGUAGAUUCAAAGGCCAAGGUAGAGUCUUGGGCUCGUCUUCGUCGGAACCCCCCAAUCCAAUCCUCGGCCGCCCUGUUGAUCCGAGGCCAAGUCAACCGCCCGCUGCUUCGGUGAAUUUGAAACCUUUGCCGCAGAAACCAGUGAAUUCGGAUCAUCUGGUGACGAAUAGGUCUGUUGCUCCGAGUAAUUCGGACUCAAAUUGUAAACCAGCAAAUGGGUUCGAUCCAUUUGACUCGAUGAUCACUACUGGUAAAAGAAAUAAAAAUGGGUAUGAACUUAGUGUAUUUGAAUGUCCUGUUUGUGGUCGAGGAUAUGUAUCUGAAGAAGAAGUCUCUGCUCAUGUUGAGACUUGCCUUAACAGUUCCGAAGCAAAUAAUGUGGCUGAAGUUUUGGAAUCGGUCAGAAUUGAAAAUGGAGCUGAGUCUCAAAGUGAAUUGGAGACGUGUGUUGGUACAUAUGUUUCUGGGGCGCCUUCAGAUGGAUCAGUCGAGAUUGUGCUCAAGCUUUUACGGAAUAUAGUUAGGGAACCAGAAAAUGUAAAGUUCCGGAAGAUUCGGAUUGGAAAUCCGAAGAUUAGAGAAGCUAUAGGUGAUGUUACCGGUGGCAUUGAGUUGUUAGAGUGUGUGGGCUUUGACCUUCAGGAGGAAGGUGGGGAGAUGUGGGCGGUGAUGGAAGUUCCUUCGAAGGAGCGAAUAUCUUUAAUUAAGAAGGCAAUAUCAUUAUUGGAACCACAAAAGAUUGAAGAUUUGCCUUCUACAGCUCCUGCUAAGAUAGAUGAACCGGUUGAGCCGAAGAAGGUUGAUAGACAGGUCCGGGUGUUCUUUUCUGUGCCUGAAAGCGUUGCAGCCAAAAUUGAGCUGCCAGAUUCUUUUUAUAAACUCUCACCUCAAGAGGUGAAAAGAGAAGCAGAUGCAAGGAAGAAAAAGAUUGAAGAAUCUCAGCUUUUGAUUCCCAAGUCAUAUAGAGAAAAGCAAGCAAAAGCUGCAAGGAAGAGGUACACAAAAACUGUUAUCCGGGUACAGUUUCCUGAUGGUGUGGUGCUCCAAGGUUUUUUUUCUCCAUGGGAGCCGACCAGUGCGCUCUAUGAGUUUGUAAGCUCAGCACUGAAAGAACCCUGUUUGGAGUUUGAUCUGUUACAUCCUGUGCUUAUCAAACGGCGGGUGAUCCCACAUUUUCCUGCAGCGGGGGAGAGAGCCGUAACACUUGAAGAGGAGGAUUUGGUUCCUGCAGCUCUUAUCAAGUUCAAACCUAUUGAAACAGACUCUGUUGUUUUCACCGGUCUCUCUAAUGAACUCCUCGAAAUCAUUGAAGCACUCAAUUAAUUAAUUCAGCAGUUUCUCCAUAAGAUCCCUGCCUGUGAAUGCCGCUACGUGACUUGAGAAUAAGUUUUAGUAUUCACUGAUGGGUCUCGGAGCUUUCAAAAUCCUGAUAUACCAUUCUUUGUAUUCUUUAUUGAAUGUUUUUUUUUUUUUUUUUUUAUCUUGUUUUAAUUGUAAUGGAUAAAUAAAUCACAGAUGACAUGAAGGCUGGAUUUCUAUAUCUGAUUUGUCCUUGAAUUUGAUCAAAAGAGUGGAUUUUGUACUCAAUCAUGCACAUGAAAGUUGUGUUACUGUAUUUUAUUUGUCCUUGAAUUUGAUCAGACUCUGUUGUUUUAGUUUUUA